UCGGUGAAUCUAUCCUUUUGUAACCUGUACGCCAUCUUUAUUCCUUCGAGUUGGAUACAGUCCCUCUUCAAAUCCACUGUCAUCCGCUCUUAUAGAGCGUUUGGAUUUUUUAAAAAUCAUCAUGAAGAUUCUUACGAAAUUUCUUCUCGUGUUUUUGCUAGUUUUGCCGACCGCAGUGUUAUUUACUAACCGUGACAGCAGAUUAGUUGCCAAUGCUGAGGAAGAUCCUGUUGAGGAUUUAGUAGAGGGAGAAGAAGAGGAGGAAGAGGAAGAAGAUGCAGAUGUACAGGUAGAAGAGGAUGAAGAAGGGGAUGGUGAUGAAGGAGAUGCGCCUCCUGCUGAAACAGACGAGGAAGUGGAAGAAGAGGAAGAGGAGGAACCUUUGAAACCAUCAGUAGAUGCAGAGACAACAAUUUUAUUCACUCUUGGUUCUGAGCAAGAGCUGCCGGCUGGUAAACUUAUUCGUGUACUGGUAGGAUUUUCCAACAAAGGUGAUCAAGACUUCUACGUUGAAACAAUGGACGCAUCAUUCCGGUACCCACAAGAUUUCAGUUUCUACAUUCAAAAUUUCACAACAUUCAGAUAUGAUGUAACUGUACAGCCAGAGAAACAGGCAACAUUUGAAUAUGUAUUUACUCCCAAUGAAGCCUUUGCUGGACGUCCAUUUGGACUGGUUUUAAAUCUGAAUUACAAAGAUGCUGAAGGUACAGUAUUCCAGGAUGCAGUGUACAAUGAAACCAUCAAUAUAUUUGAAAUUGAUGAAGGUUUAGACACUGAAACGUUCUUUCUCUACGUGUUCCUAAUAGCCAUUGUUGUGCUCCUUGCAGUUGGUGGCCAACAACUACUAACAAACUUUGGGAAAAAGAAGAGACCUGCUAAGCAAACAAUUGAAAUUGGAACUCAGAACCAUUCAGAUGUUGAUUAUGAUUGGAUACCAAAAGAAACACUAGCUGGAAUGAAUAAAACCUCUCCUAGAAGAUCUCCACGCAGGCGUACAAAGAGAGGAACUGGUUCAGAUGACAAGUAAAACAUUCCAUCAAAUGGCACUGCAAAUGUUAAAUUUCACGUGUCACAUUUUUUUUUAACUUGUUCUGAGAAUAUUCUCCAGAAUCGAAAAAGGUGCUUGGAAAAGACAAAGAUAAUUGUGUAAUGAAUAAUAAAGUGACGUGCGAGAGAAGUCCUAAACUUGAUAC